AUGACCCCACAAAGUAAUCAAAAGUCAAACUAUGCUGGCGGAGGAAUGUAAUAAUACUCAAACAACACUCCAGGAUUGCAACUUCAACAGAAUUCUUACCUCGCAACUCAGCAUCAAUAGCUUUUAAAUGCUCAUCAAUAGUAUCAUAACUAGCAACUUUAAGUUGAUGGAAACCACAGUAGAUCGUCUACAUCUUCAAACAAUUCUUAUGCUUAGUAAAUGUAGCAACUUAGCUUAAAUCAACAGAGUCAAAUUCAAAAAUCCUUUAAUAUGGGUCAAAUCUAGUCUGAAGCUAAUCCAAUCUUCGAGAGAACUGAUUUACUAGUUAGACCACCAAAUGUUUACCGACAGACACUGGAUGUUGAUAACUUAAUAUCUGUUUGCACUAAAAAGCUCCAAGAGGAUCAAACUCACAAAAAAGCUUUGUUUAUCAGAGCCUCUUCAUACUUAAAGAAAGGCAGAUUUGCAGAAGCUAUUUAAGACUGUAACUCACUGAUGAAACUUGACCCUAUGAAUGCUGGAGCAUAUUAUAUAAGAGGCUGUGCCUUUGAAAAGCUCGGCUAAAUUGAUCAGAGUAUAGAUGAUUUUACAACAGUUCUUGAAAUUGAUCCAAAUCAUAUUAAUGCUGCCUAUGCUAGAGGUGCAUGCGAAAAUAAAAGAGGAAAUUUCGCAAAGGCUAUUGAUGAUUACAAUAUGGCACUCGAAAAAGAUUAAGAAAGACCAACUUCUCCAGGUGGAAGCAGAAGAAUCGUGUUUAGAAAUAUGAAAUACAUUUUAGAUAUGCCAGUUACAAGGGCAAACACAGAUUUAUAAUCAUAUCAUGGUUCAGCUAGCAAAAGGGAUGAUCUUAAUAUCUAUGGCAACGGAACAGGAAAUUUCAAUUCAUCUGGAAAUUCAAGCAAUGUCUUAAAUCAAAUAAACAACAAUCUUCCUCCAAGGUAAAAUAAUGCCUAAGAGAAAUCAAAUAAAAAUGGAAUGCUUUAUGCAAAUUAAGACAGCCCAGCAUAGGCAAACAAUGCAUUUAAUCAUAACAAGCAUCAGUCUUUAUUGUCUCCAGGGUCAUAAUCUCAAAAUAGGGGUUAAAGCAACUAAAAUGUUGGAGCUAAUUAAGGGAAUUAGUUCAACAAUUAUGGAGGUGACAUGAUGUCUAUGAUGAGAUAAGCCCACAACGACUCAUUGAAUUCAAGUAUUGAUUCUAGAAGGCCAACUUAAAAUAGCCAAUAAUAAAGAAUGCCACCUAUAGGUUACUAAGGAUAAAGAAUAGGUUCUAUGAAUUCCUCAAUAGAUUUCAAACAAUAAAAUGUAAGCAAUUCAUAAGUUCAAUCCAAGCCAAUGAGCAUCCCUUAAACACCAUCAUCUCAAGCAUAAAAUUAAAACGGCCCAGAUUAAUAAUAGAAAAAAUAGUAGGCAGAAGUGUUCCAUUCUUAAGGAUACGCCGCAAGAAAGAAGGGUGACUAUAAUUCUGCGAUUGAUUAUUAUAGUAAGGCAUUAGAAAUCAUGCCAAAUCAUUUUAAGGCUCUCUUCAACAGAGGGUUUGCUUAUGAUAAGAUCGGGGAGUUUGAUCUUGCGAUUUCUGAUUACUCUUCAGCUAUCUCAAUUGAUCCAAAUAAUGCAUUCACUUACUACAAUAAAGGUAUUAGUCUUGAUAGAAAAGGUGAUUUUGAUGAGGCUAUAAAAAGCUUUUCCAAAGCUAUUGAACUAGAGCCAGGCAAAGCUGAUUUUUAUCACAAUAGAGGAUUUGCAUUUAGAAAGAAGAGGGACUUUUUAAGUGCAAUAAAAGAUUAUACUACCGCAAUUUCUAUUGAUUCAUAACACUUCAAAGCAUAUUAUAACAGAGCCUUUUGUUGGGACAAAGUUGGAAAACUUGAAGAGGCUGAAAAAGAUUAUAUACAAGCUAUUAAAAUGCAGCCUCAAAACAUUUCUGCACUACACCACCUCGGUACAAUCAGAGAAAAGAUGGGUGGUGACAGAUUAAGUUUAGCUCUUGAAAAUUUCAAUGAGGUGCUAGAACUUGAUAAAGCUUAUGCUCCAUCUUAUAAUGGCAGAGGAUUGGUUUGGGAUAGAUUCUUUAACUUUGAAGAAGCAAUAAAUGAUUUUACUAAAGCAAUUGAUCUUGAUGGGUCAAAUGCAGUCUAUUGGCACAAUAGAGCAUGUUGCUUUAGAAAUAUGGGAUAAAUGGAUAAAUCAAUCAAAGAUUUUGAUAGGGCGAUUGAGCUUGACUAAUCGAAUUCAAUAAUUUAUUCUAACAGAGGAUUAGUAAACAGAAAACUUGAAAGAUUUGAGAAGUCUAUCGAAGAUUAUACAAAUGAAAUUAAAUUCGGCCCUCCUAAUAACAUCAAGGCAUUCAAUAACAGAGCUUAUUGUUUCGCCAAACUUGGUUAGUAUAAUGAAGCAAUUAGAGACUACUCAAGAGUAAUUUAAUUAGAUGGGGAAAACAUUCAUGCUCUUCAUAAUAGAGGUAUCUCAUACGAAAGACUAAGCCAAUACAAAGAAGCAAUCAAAGACUUCACAAGAGUCAUUGAAAUAGAUCCAGAUAAUGCUAACGCCUACUUUAACAGAGGUUGCUGCUAUGAUAGCGUGGGAGAACUUGAUUUGGCUAUAAGUGAUUAUAGUGUGGCUUUAGAACUUGAUAUGCGCAACGGAGGUAAUGGAGAGAAUGAGGGUAAAGAUGGAUUCACCAACGAAGAGGACGAGGAGGAUUCCCAUAAUCAAAACUAAUGA